AUAUUGACGUAAUUGCCUGUAACUAAGCGAAUGACGUCAUUCUGAACGCCACCUUGCGGCGGUUUCCGCUAGCGCCACAUGCAGAACACGGCACUGAAGAUGGCGGAGGGGGAAUUAAACGUUGACAGUCUCAUUUCUCGGCUUCUUGAAGUGCGAGGAUGUCGUCCAGGGAAGAUCGUUCAGAUGACUGAGGCAGAAGUUCGAGGACUCUGCAUUAAAUCUCGGGAGAUCUUCCUCAGUCAACCCAUCCUGCUGGAGUUGGAGGCACCGCUUAAAAUCUGUGGUGAUAUCCAUGGGCAGUACACAGAUCUGUUGAGGUUGUUUGAGUACGGCGGUUUUCCUCCGGAGGCAAACUAUCUCUUUCUGGGUGAUUAUGUUGACCGAGGGAAGCAGUCUCUGGAGACCAUCUGCCUCCUGCUGGCCUACAAGAUCAAAUACCCCGAGAAUUUCUUCUUGCUGAGGGGGAACCACGAAUGCGCCUCCAUCAACCGUAUCUACGGCUUCUACGAUGAGUGCAAACGCAGGUUCAACAUUAAACUCUGGAAGACGUUCACAGACUGCUUCAACUGCCUCCCGAUUGCUGCCAUCAUAGAUGAGAAGAUCUUCUGUUGCCAUGGAGGUCUUUCUCCUGAUCUUCAGUCAAUGGAACAGAUACGCCGGAUUAUGCGACCAACCGAUGUCCCGGACACAGGUCUCCUCUGUGAUUUGCUGUGGUCUGAUCCAGAUAAAGACGUUCAGGGGUGGGGGGAGAACGAUCGUGGAGUGUCUUUCACUUUCGGUGCCGACGUAGUCAGCAAAUUUCUCAACCGGCACGAUCUUGACCUCAUCUGCAGGGCGCACCAGGUGGUUGAAGAUGGAUACGAGUUCUUUGCGAAGCGCCAGUUGGUCACUCUGUUCUCAGCACCAAACUACUGCGGGGAGUUUGACAAUGCUGGCGGGAUGAUGAGCGUGGACGAGUCUCUCAUGUGCUCUUUUCAGAUCCUGAAACCGUCAGAAAAGAAGGCAAAGUAUCAGUAUGGUGGGGUUAACUCAGGGCGACCUGUAACCCCGCCACGUACCGCCCAAGCUCCCAAGAAGAGGUGAACAGCUUGCCACACCCUCCAAGCACCCUCUUUCUUACCCCAGCCAAAAAAAACAAAACAUGCAGGCUGGGGCAGCUUUACCCUUAACUCCCCUCUGGUAUCUCUCAACCUACCCUGCCAACCUUUUCUCUCUUAAAAUUUCAUAACGUUUGUGUACAGAGAUUUUGCCGUGACAUGUUGAUGAUUUCUCGUUUAAUUCGCUUUGCUUGUUUGUUUAUUGGUAUUUUAAUAAUAAUAAUAAUAAUAAUGCUUUGGGAAGCAUCUCUUAUUGAGCUGUUCUACAUGAACAAAUCACACAAAAAUAUCUUAGUAGUGUCGCAUUUUAUUAAACUUUACUUCGAAACUGUUUUAUUAUUUAAGUAAGGAGUGAAAAUGUUAAGUAUUGUAAGUUGCAUAUUUCGCUACAGUUUUAACACGGAGGAUUUCAAACACUGACACACUUUAGGCCUACAUUUUAGGCUUAUCUCUUAAUUCUGGGUGUUGUAUCACACAGUUCAACACAUGCUUUACAUGAUGACUAGGUCAAAGCAGAAAAAGCUGAAACAGGGACUUUAACACAUUUAUUUGAACAGCUGCAUUUACAAACAGCAUUGCAUGUUCUGUUUUUUCAAUAACAUUAGGAUUUACAUCAAAACUACAAAAAAAUAAUAAAUAGUCGAACCUUAACUAUCUGUUUAACGUGAUGUUUUAUGUUUUAUGAUAGUAACAAUUCAAGAGAAAAGUGUCAUGGCAUACCACUUCUUUGCAUGACCCACACGUUCACAUCAGUAAUAACCUGUCUGAAUUUCACAAUCCACCAGUUUUCCUAUUGGACAUCGAGAAACUGACACGAGUGUAGCAGGUAGCGCCUCCCAGUGGAAGGAUUCCACUUGUUUUAGUGUCUUCAUCUACAUUUAGGUGGUGAUAAAUCUAUCGGACGUUCAAUUAGCACAUUCGGCAAAAAAGGGUUAAAAUGCCUUUUUUGGCAAGGGAAGCGUUUCCUCACAUUAAUAUACAUUUUUAAUAAAUUCAUUCUUUAAUGUUUUUAUUUCUGCGUGUUGUUGGUUACUUCUUGACUUUUUAAUUUAUUUUCAAAUUUUGGGAAAGCUAUCGAAGUGUUAUAUAGCAGUUCAUGAGUUUUGCAUAAGUGGGCUUCAAACUUAAUAAAUGGAAGAAACAUUC